AUGGCUUCCAAAGACAACUAUUAUGAAGAUUGCGUCUACUCCACAAGCAAAAAGACACUCUUUGCCCUCACCGACACUUUACAAUUGGAGGCUUGGGAGUUGGGACUUGACGGCUUCGCCCCGGAACUGAUACGAACUAUGGGUGAGUUUAGUAGUAUCCUCCACCGAAAAGUGAAUUUGACGACGAAGAAGGAGUUGUUACAGUCCAGAGGUGACUUGACAUGUUGGUAUCGUUACCAUCUGGUGGUUGCUGGAGAGGAUAUAAAUUCCUGCAGUGUUACUUCUUGCAGUGCCCUCCAUAUUCUUCAUGUCCCUGAGAUAUAA